ACACGUAGCAGCUGUCAUUUUAUUCUAGGAUAGCGCGGAAAGCGCUAGUACAUUUUAGUUUAUUUAGGGCUGUGGAGUUCCAAGUUUAAUUUGGUUCUCAAUAUGUACAUCAAAACCAUAUAUUAUUACAUUGAAAUCAUUUGUAACUACCACCAGGCCAGCUACGAGUGGAAAGAAAGUGAGGAAGCAUCAGGGCGCAGUGCCAUGGAGGACGCAACAUUCUCAUUUAAUGUACUUUUUGAUGUUCUUUUGCGCCAGGGCUCACAGAACUCUGUAGCCGCUCAUCCGGUCUACCACAUAGCCCCCGCUACGCCACCGACGCGAAUCAGGCGCCGCGGCGCGUCAUCAGCGGCGCGUCGGCGUCACCCCAAUCAAUACAAACACACAAACUGACAAACACAUACAUCCUGCAGUGGCGGUAAAGCAACGUAAAGCAUACGAUUUCGAGCUAUCUAGAUGAUGAACGCCACCAAGAUAUCCCCUAGAACGCGAAAAAGGCGCUUUCGCGAGGAAAUGAAAGAACAAAUCGUCGCUCAAGUGCACAAAGCGGUGGUGAGCAGUGAGAGUACAGAGGACAGUGCACCCGAAGGGAACAGGACCUACACCAAGAACGAGGAUACUAAGAAUGAGAAUGUCAGCAUUCAUACACCUAGCAGGGACAUAUCUGUGGAUGGUGAAACCCAAAUCAAUUCUAAAAUACUCUCACUCAUUGAAACCGAAAUGAAAAGGGACAUCAACAAGCAUUCGCACUUCACAGAUUCCAGGCCGCAGAGUUUGAGCUUCUAUGAGGACGAGAAAAUACCUGAAGAAUUAUCAGGGAAUUUGGAACUUCUUAGUCCCGAAGAAAGAAAACACUACAAAAAGAAAAACUAUAUCCCUAUGGACCCCGACGAAAUGAAUGCUUACAAUACUCUACAAGACUCUUACAUGGCUCGUGAUGGUGAAGAUAUCAUGACGUCAUCAUUGAAGAAAUCAAAAUCGCGGAAAAAACGACAUGCUGACUCUGAACUGGGGAUGGGUGACAGUAGAGAAAUGAUGAUUCCGAAAGAGAAGAAGAAAAGCAAAAAGAAAAAACGGGAAACUUCGCCAGCUGCAUCAAACAAUACAAAACGUAAGCACAAACGAAAGGAAGAAGAUGAGCUGAAGAACGACGUAGCUGUAGCCCUUGAAGAGUUACAGGAUGACGUUUUUGAGCACGACCAUGAGCAAGAGUUGAGCACAAAGGCAGACAGAGUCCGUAGAAGUCCUAGAAAGACUGACAGACUCUUCGUACAAAAGAAAAACAAAUUUGAAGUGAUAACAAAGCCUAAUCUCUAUAAUAGUAAGAGUGGAGACGUCGAAGACGACAGGUUUGGAAAAAGAUCGUCAACGUACCCUGUAGAAAUUGCUCUGCCAUUCCAGAGGUACUGGAUGCGUUUUUCAACGUUAUGUCAUGGCCUUUUGGGCGGCCUAGCUUUAGGACACUGGUUGUACCUUUUCUGUAAUGUUCAUCAGCAAGACUACGAGUUUCUCGUUCAUUACGCUUACUACAGUGACACAUACGUGGGAUUAUUCUUCGCACUAUGUGUUUUAUGUUUGGUAUCUAUGUAUGAUAGGAUAGAUAUCGUUCGACUGAACAAAGACUACGUCACAGAAUUGUGGAAACAACGCCGCAGCUCUAUUGUGAUAGUUCUCUAUCUGACGUGCUUCUUAAUCCACCUAUCGAUGACGAAUUACGACGAUAAGUUGGCAAUGUUGGCAUACGACAAACACACUAACAUAUCAAACGAAACAACAGUCUCAAUGCUCAAAAAGAGCGACUUAGAGAUUUGGAACAAUCUAUCCCUUUGGAGGGCGACCUUAGCAUUCACUGCAUGGAUCUUCAUUGGACUGGGACCAUCGGAUGAUAUGCUAUAUCAUCACUUAAAAGAUACAGAAGUCUAUCUUCCGAAUAAAUGAUCGUUAUCUAACUUUGUUAUUUUUCUACAUUUUAAUAAUUAUGAUGUGAUACCAAAUAAGUAACUCUCUAAUGGCUGUUAAGAACGUACUUCUAAUAAAAUUUAUUUUUAUUUGUAAUAA